AUGGCGUUGUCAACACGGGCUCUGCGCAACGCAAGCGGUGUCCUGCUGAAGGACUGCACCCCCAGAUCACGGCCGUCUCUGAGGUUCUUCUCUACCUGCCGCACACCUCUUUUCACCAGACAGCACCUGCUGACCUCCAAAACGCCGACAUGGCAGCAGACCAGAAAGUUCAGCCGUUCGACGGCGCGAUACGCUGCUGUGCAAGAGCCUCCCCGCGCCGAGUCCUAUCUUGAGAGCGGUGUUGUUGAGCAAGGCAAGAAUUUGGUGGAUGUCAAGAAGGUCCUGGUCAUUGGAAGUGGUGGCUUGAGUAUUGGACAGGCUGGAGAGUUUGACUACUCUGGUUCCCAAGCUUUGAAAGCUCUCAAGGAGGCCGGCGUACAAUCUGUACUGAUCAAUCCUAAUAUCGCAACUAUUCAGACCGAUCACAAACUCGCAGACGAAGUCUACUAUCUCCCAGUUACGCCCGAGUAUGUCUCAUACGUAAUUGAGCGAGAGAAGCCGGACGGCAUCUUACUCACCUUUGGAGGUCAAACUGGUCUCAAUUUGGGUGUCCAGAUGAACAGAAUGGGUCUUUUCGAGCGAUACGGCGUCAAAGUCCUCGGAACUCCAAUCAAAACACUUGAAACCAGCGAGGACCGAGACUUGUUUGCAAAGGCACUCAACGAGAUCAACAUCCCCAUUGCCCAGUCAAUUGCUGUCAGCUCAGUCGACGAAGCUCUUGCUGCUGCUGAAGAAGUUGGCUAUCCUAUCAUCGUGCGCUCCGCCUAUGCCCUGGGUGGUCUUGGCUCUGGCUUUGCUUCCAACAGGGAAGAACUGAGCAACCUGUCCUCUCAAUCCUUAUCUCUUUCGCCUCAGAUUUUGGUGGAGAAAUCCCUCAAAGGCUGGAAAGAAGUUGAAUAUGAAGUCGUCCGUGAUGCCGAGGAUAACUGCAUUACCGUCUGCAAUAUGGAAAACUUCGACCCUCUUGGUAUCCAUACCGGAGACAGCAUUGUCGUAGCUCCCAGUCAAACGCUCAGUGAUGAGGAGUACCAUAUGCUUCGGACUGCUGCUAUCAAGAUUGUUCGACAUCUCGGUGUCGUGGGCGAAUGCAAUGUGCAGUACGCCCUCCAAGCCGAUGGGCUGGACUACCGCGUGAUUGAGGUCAAUGCUCGUCUAUCACGAUCCUCUGCACUCGCGUCCAAGGCUACAGGAUACCCGCUUGCAUACACAGCUGCUAAGAUUGGUCUCGGCCAUACCCUGCCGGAACUCCCCAACGCCGUCACCAAGACUACCACUGCCAACUUUGAGCCCAGUCUUGAUUAUAUCGUGGUAAAGAUACCACGAUGGGACUUGUCCAAAUUCCAGCACGUCAAGCGCGACAUCGGGAGUGCCAUGAAAUCUGUCGGCGAGGUCAUGGCCAUUGGCCGCACAUUCGAGGAAUCCUUCCAGAAGGCCAUUCGUCAAGUUGAUCCCAGGUUCGUUGGCUUUCAAGGGGACAAAUUUGAUGAUCUUGACGAGACUCUUCGAAACCCGACCGACCGACGAUGGCUUGCUGUCGGCCAAGCUAUGAUCCAUGAGAACUAUUCAGUCGAUAAAAUUCAUGACCUGACUAAGAUCGACAAGUGGUUUCUCCACAAGCUUCAGAAUUUGAAAGACACAAUGACCGAAAUUCAGGGAAUAGGUUCCCUGACAGGCAUUAAAUCUGAACUCAUGCUCAAGGCAAAGAAGCAAGGUUUCUCUGACAAACAAAUUGCCUCGUACGUCAGCUCAACUGAGAAAGAAGUUCGUGCGCGUCGCCAGAAUUUCGGCAUUCGACCGUGGGUAAAAAAGAUCGAUACUCUGGCCGCCGAGUUUCCUGCCGAUACGAACUAUCUUUACACCACCUACAAUGCUUCUUCGCACGACGUGGCCUUCGAAGACAAUGGCACCAUCAUUCUCGGAUCUGGUGUUUAUAGAAUCGGGUCCUCGGUGGAAUUUGAUUGGUGUGCAGUCAAUGCCACCUUGUCUCUACGGAAGAUGGGCAUGCAGACCGUGAUGAUCAACGUAAGUAUUUGA